AUACACUUUCGUCAAUCUUCCUUAUACUACAUACCCAUACCCUACUCGUACAUUAAAAAAUACAUAUAUUCGAUCACGUGAUCGAUAUUUUAAUUACUAAACAGAGGUAGGAUUAUCGUCCAAUCCAUAUUAUUGUACCCGUUGUAAAAUGUGUUUUCCCCAAGAAGGCAAUAAUUACCAUAUUCUAACCCUCCUACUACAUUUCAGUAGGUAUCGAAUCGCGAAUCAAUAUCGACUCUAAAGUGAUCACUUCAGAUGCGAGAUUUUCAUCACGAAUACGCAAUUAAAUAGAUACUAACCGCAGUUUAGUUCAGUUGCUCUUGUGUAUAGUUUUUUUCACGUUCGAUAAUGUGCCGGCGCGAUUUUCAUUUAUUAAUUUUGGUGCUUGUAUCUUCCAUCUUGAUUGAUGGAGCAAUUACUCGUACAGCUACUACAGGUCGUAGUCGUUUAUCCAAUCAACCUUGGGCAGCAUCGCCAUUGUUGAGGAACAAUUUCGAUGAUGAAGGAGCCGGUGAUCAGCAGGCAUGCCAAUGUGUGCUUUUUUACAUUUGCGAGGAAGCUACCACCGUUAAAAAUGAUACUACGUGCGAAGAACCUUUAAUCUGCUGCAAAACAGAAACAAAAGUAAUCAGCGAAGACGAUACGUUUACGCCGGCGCCAGAAUCACCAGAAUCUUCCUCAUUAGCAUCAUCAACGUCGACAGAAUCUUUCAUUGAUAGCAAUGUGCCAUCUACUUCUUCAUCAACAUCGACCCCUUCGACUGAAUCAGCUGAAUGUGGAAUCAGAAGACAGAAUGGUCUAAAUGAAGAUUCCACCGGAAAUGCCAGUAUUGAUGCUUUGUUUGGCGAGUUUCCAUGGAUGGCAGCCAUUCUACGAACCAGCGAAAGUUCAACUGAUAACACUUUGAUUUGCGGAGCAUCGAUAUUAUCACCAUACAUUGUUUUGACCGCAGCUCAUUGCAUUAACAAUAUAGAUAUAAGUACGCUGAGAGUUCGCGCAGGAGACUUCAUCAUAAAUGGCGAAUCAGAUGAGAGACUACCCCACCAAGACCGCACUGUGAACAAUAUCCUUAUCCACAGCAAUCAUUCGAGAAAAGUUUUGCAUAAUGAUUUGGCACUGAUAACAGUAAACGAGCCGUUCACCUAUGGAGAUCACAUUUCUUCUGUUUGCACCUCGAUCAAUGAUAUUUCGUAUGCGACAUCGAGCUCGUACGAUCCGGAGAAUUGUUUGGUGACUGGAUGGACAAGUGUGACAGAUAACACAGCACAAAAUAAGCUUAGAAGAGUUUCUGCGUCCAUUAUGAGCACCGAAAGUUGUGAAAAUAACUUACGAGAAACACGAUUAGGACGAACUUUCAAGCUCCAUCCUAGUUUCCUAUGUGCCAAAGAAGAACAAUCUGUGUGCAAGGGUCACGGAGGAGGACCUCUGGUUUGUGUUUCGCGAUCAAAUCCAAAUAAAUACGUUCAAGUUGGUGUAGUAUCGUGGGGAGUUGGAUGCGAUAGGAAUCUUCCUGGAGUAUAUGCUUCCUUGGAAAACAAUUCCGAAUGGCUCACAACAGAAUUCAAUAACUUGAAUGCCAACCGACAAGUAUAAUCGAGAAACCUGAGAGCAAUUUUUGAUUUGAAGGUGACACCUGCAUUUAUAAUUUUUUUCUUACUCGUAAUAGCAGGUCUUCAUCAAAUUCAAUGGCAACUUGAACCAUUCUCGAAGAGAUAUUCCUAAAUAAUUUUUUAUGCAUUUAUAGUGAUAAUAUACCUAAAAUGUAAUUGAACUUUUUUUACAAUAAAACUUUUCGUCUA